GACCUCUCCCUGCCAGAGCUGCUGCGGGGAGGUCACUGAGCUGCUCAAGCCACCCAGCACCAUGAAGCUGCUCCUGCUCCUCCUGCUUUGUGUUUCCUCCGUUCAGUCCCAGGCCUCUGUUGACUAUGAUGAUGAGGAUGAGGACCCUCAAAUCGGGGUUCGAGGCCACCGACCCCUGGACAAGAGGAGGGAGGUGUCCCCCACAGUGAGACCCGUGGCACCUCCCAUCAGUGGCAGUGGGUACCAGCCCCGACCCCCCAAGAGGGGGAAGCCGAGUGAUAAGAAAGAACGGAUCAUCUACCCUGAUGCUGGGGGCUGCAAGCAUCCUCUGGAUGAGCUGGGAGUGCUGUGUCCGACUGGAUGUGAGCUGCAAACUGCACUGGUGAAACAGGAAAAAAAUGUGAAAUCAGUUGUCCGUGACCUAAAGGACAAAGUGAGCAAACUGUCUGAAACCUCUACAACUUUCUAUGAAUAUGUGACUGUUCUAGAUGAUAAACUGGCAAAGAGGCAAAAACAAAAAAGAGACAACGAUGAUAUCCUUUCUCAGUACAACACAGAAGUGGAGUUGCAUUAUGGUUAUAUAAAGGAUAAUCUGGACAAUAACAUCCCAUCUAGCCUCAGGGUUCUCCGUGCAGUUGUGGAUUCUUUACACAAAAAGAUACAAAAACUGGAAAAUGCCAUUGCAACCCAAAUGGACUACUGCCGUUCCCCAUGUGUUGUUUCCUGUAACAUUCCAGUGGUUUCAGGCAAAGAAUGCGAGGAUGUUAUCAGAAAGGGAGGCGAGGUAUCUGAAAUGUACCUCAUCCAGCCAGAUCCUUUUGUCAAACCAUACAGAGUAUACUGUGAUAUGGACACAGAUAAUGGAGGCUGGACUUUGAUUCAGAACCGCCAGGAUGGCAGUGUUAAUUUUGGAAGAGUAUGGGAUCAAUACAAAAAAGGAUUUGGAAAUGUUGCAAAGAGUGGAGGCAAGAACUACUGUGAUACACCAGGUGAAUAUUGGCUUGGAAAUGACAGGAUCAGCCAGCUUACCAAAAUAGGUCCCACUGAAGUUUUGAUUGAAAUGGAGGACUGGAAUGGUGAUAAAGUAUCAGCUCAUUAUGGAGGUUUCACCAUCCAGAACGAAGGCAACAAGUAUCAACUUUCAGUCAGCAACUACAAAGGCAAUGCAGGCAACGCUCUGAUGGAGGGAGCUUCACAGCUGCAUGGAGAAAACAGGACAAUGACCAUCCACAAUGGCAUGUUCUUCAGUACCUAUGACAGAGACAAUGAUGGAUGGUUAACUACAGACCCAAGAAAACAGUGCUCCAAAGAAGAUGGUGGUGGAUGGUGGUACAACCGCUGCCACUCAGCCAACCCCAAUGGCAGAUACUACUGGGGUGGGACCUACAGCUGGGACAUGGCAAAACAUGGCACAGAUGAUGGUGUAGUGUGGAUGAACUGGAAAGGGUCGUGGUACUCAAUGAAGAAGAUGAGCAUGAAAAUCAGGCCCUACUUUCCACAUUAACUUUUAUCAAAGUGUAGAGAGUCAGUGUUUUUCUGCUAAUAUUUGUACAUGGUUAUCUUUUUUUGGCCCAGUGUCUAGGGUUGUCUUUACAUAGGAGAAUCAAACGUGUGUAUGAGUAUAUUGUGACCUGAAGUGAAAAGCUGUGUCAACCAUCAAUCAAAAUCUGACUGAUGAAAAUAACUCAGAAGUGUAUUUUUUUCCAUUUUUCAUUUGUUCACAAGACAUGAGUAACUAGCAUAGAAUAAUGCUAAUAAAAAAACCCAAAACAACAAAAACAAAAGAAACAACCGAAACCCCAACUUGUUUCAGUCUUUUACAAUGGACUUCUAUCCCACAUUUGAAGAGGGAAAGGAUUAUUUUGAAAUGUUUUGUAAAAAUUAAAUAAAGCCUUAAAACUAAAGUUUUCCGCAUGGCUCCUAAAUAUUUGUGCUGGGGAAAUAUUUGUACUCUGGGGAAAAGCAAACACAUUCCACUAAGUAAUAGAUGGACAUUCUGUUUUGUCUUGUAAAGGUACAGCAACUGUCUGUGUAACAAGCUGAGAAGGAAUAAAGUGAAAAGAUA